AUGACAAUUAAAUCCAAAUUCACUCAUUUAACUAAAGAAGAACCCGAUCCAAUUAUUAAAACAUUAACUCAAUAUCAACAAGAUCAAUCACCUAAUAAACUUGAUGUUAGUAUUGGGAUUUAUAAAUCAUCUGAUGGAUCAUUAUAUACAUUCCCAUCAAUAAAUCAAGCUAAAGAAAUUUAUCAUAAUGAAAAAAAUUAUGGUCAUAAUUAUACUACUAUGAGUGGUAUUAAAGAAUUUAUUAAUGGAUCAAAACAAUUAUUAUUUGGUGAAAUUUAUAAAAAAAAUAUUGCUUCUAUUCAAACUAUUGCUGGUACAGGAGCUAUUCAUAUGGGAUUAUUAUUUUUUAAAGAAGCAGGAUAUAAAAAUUUUUAUGUAGGUUUACCAACAUGGCUGAAUUAUAUUCCAAUGAUUAAACAAAUUAAUGGGGAAAUUAAUACUUAUGAAUAUUAUAAUAAUAAUAAUGAUAAUGAUGGAGGAAUCAAUUUUAAUGAAAUUAAACAAACAUUAGAAAAAGCUCCAAAAAAUUCAGUAUUUAUAUUUCAAACAUGUUGUCAUAAUCCAACUGGAGCAGAUUUUAAUCAACAACAAUGGAUUGAAAUUAUUAAAUUAAUUAAACAAUAUGAUCAUUUAAUAUUAAUGGAUACAGCAUAUUUAGGAUUUUCUAGUGGUGAUUUAAUUAAAGAUUCUUGGAUACUUAGAUAUAUGUAUGAUAAUCAAAUUGAAUUUGUUGUUGCUCAAUCAUUUCUGAAAAAUAUGGGAUUAUAUGGUGAAAGAUUAGGUGCUUUACAUGUUAUAAUUCAAGAUGAAAAUUAUAUUGAUCAUAUUCAAUCUACUUUAAUAAAUAAUUUCCGUCAAGAAUGUUCAUUUGCUCCUUCAUUUCCAGCAAGAUUAGCACAAAUUAUUUUUGAAAAUGAAAAAUUAUAUUUACAAUGGAUUAAAGAAAUUAAUCAAGUUACAAAAAGAUUAAAAAAUUUACGUCAAUUAAUUUAUAAAAAUUUAAUUAAUUUAAAAACUCCAGGUAAUUGGCAAACCGUGAUUCAACAAAAUGGAUUAUUUUGGUAUAGUGGAUUAACUCCUCAACAAAAUCAAAGAUUAAUUUCUCAUCAUAAUGUUUAUUCAACUAGUAUUGGAAGAGUUAAUAUUGCUGGUUUAAAUGAACAAAAUGUCGAAUAUUUUUGUAAAGCAAUUGAUGAAGUGGUUAGAUAUAAUUAUGAUUAA